AUGAGGUUCGGCGAGCACCUCCGAUCCUCCAUGAUCAGGGAGUAUCACCCUCAUUACAUUGCCUACGAUGAGCUGAAGAAGGCUCUUAAGACCGACUUCGUCACCGCACCUUCCCCCAACAAUGCGAAGCCCGAUCGCCUCGAAUGGUCCGAGGACGACGAGAAGCACUUUGUCACUCUGCUCGAGAGCGAGCUGGAGAAGGUCUUCCUUUUCCAGAAGCGCAAGAGCGAGGAGAUUGUCGAGCGCAUUAAGAUGAGCGAGUUCGAGGUGAAUGAUGUGGUCUCGCGUCUCGAUGAUUCCACCGGCUCGCGCCGUCAGAGCGGCCGUGCAGCCCAGCCCCCGCCUACCGACGAAGACUUCAUGCUCCUCGAGCAGGUCCUCAGUGAUAUUAUUGCGGAUGUACACGAUCUCGCCAAGUUCACUCAAUUAAACUACACGGGCUUCCAGAAGAUUAUUAAGAAGCAUGACAAAGAGACAAACUGGUACUUGAGGCCUGUUUUCGCCGCCCGUCUGAACGCCAAGCCUUUCUUCAAGGAUAACUACGAUGCCUUCGUGAUUAAGCUCUCUAAGCUGUAUGACCUGGUCCGCACCAAGGGUAACCCUGUCAUGGGUGACUCGUCCGCCGGUGGUACCCAGCAGAACUUCGUCCGUCAGACUACCAAGUACUGGGUCCACCGCGACAACAUUACCGAGUUGAAGUUGGUCAUUCUGAAGCAUUUGCCCGUGCUGGUUUUCAACGCCAGUAAGGAGUUCGAAGAGAAGGAUACCGCCAUCUCCUCCAUUUACUACGAUAACACCGAUACGUGGGAGCUGUACCAGGGCCGUCUGAAGAAGACCGAGGGCGCAGAGGCUAUCCGUCUCCGCUGGUACGGUGGUAUGGAGAGUGACCAGAUCUUCGUGGAGCGCAAGACUCACCGCGAAGACUGGACUGGCGAGAAGUCCGUCAAGGCUCGCUUUUCGCUGAAGGAGAAGAACGUCAAUGCAUAUCUCAACGGCAGCAUGACAGUCGAACAAAUCUUCGAGAAGGCCCGCAAAGAGGGCAAGAAGAGCCAGGCGGAGAUUGACGACCUGGAGCAGCUGGCCCGCGAGAUUCAGUACCGCGUCAUCACCCGUCGCCUCGUGCCCGUUACCCGCACAUUCUACCACCGAACCGCCUUCCAGCUUCCCGGUGACGCCCGUGUGCGUAUUUCCCUCGAUACUGAGUUGACCAUGAUUCGCGAGGACAAUCUGGACGGUCGCCGCCGCGCUGGCAAUAGCUGGCGCCGGAUGGACAUCGGUGUCGACUUCCCCUUCUCCCAACUGCCCCCAGAAGACAUUGAUCGAUUCCCCUACGCUGUGCUGGAAGUCAAGCUGCAGACUCAGGCCGGCCAGGAGCCGCCUCAGUGGAUCCGUGACUUGACUGCCAGUCACCUUGUCGAAGCCGUGCCCAAGUUCAGUAAAUUCAUCCACGGCACUGCCACCCUCUUCCCCAGCCGCAUCAACCUUCUUCCAUUCUGGUACCCCCAGAUGGACACUGACAUCCGUAAGCCUGCCAAUCGCCGCUACGGUAUCCAUCGUCCUCUCGCUAGUACUUCUGUUUCCGCGAAUGAGGAGGACUCGGAUGAUGACGACUCCCCUGAGUCUGAAAAUGGUCCCCAGAACGGCUAUUACACAGAGUAUGGUAACGAUGGUGGUCUGUUCACGGAGACAAACGGCAACGAACUGGAUAUUGAGGAGCGCAUCGCCGCGCAGCCUGUCGCCGGUGAUGAAGACUACCCGCUCUACGAUUCCGACGACGAGACUGUCGAUACCAACGAGCUCGAGGAGGCUCGUCGCGUCGGCGGGGCCUACUAUGCCGAGCAGCUCAUCAAGCACUAUGUGUGCAAAACUGGCAAGACAUUGGCUCGGGGUCUCCUUGCUAUUGUUCCCCGCCCUACACCCACCUCCCUCCCUCCCGCCGAACAGCGUGGAAUCGCUGUGCUCCAGGGAACUCAGCGUUCUCUCCAGCGGUUCCAGGCUCCUCCAGGAAAGCGUAUCUUCGUCCCUGUCCGUGUCGAGCCCAAGGUCUACUUCGCCGCCGAGCGAACCUUCCUUUCCUGGCUCGAAUUUUCCAUCAUCCUCGGCGGUAUUGCUGCCACUCUUCUCAACUUUGGCGUCGACAGCAUCUCCCUCGCAUCGUCCUGGGCCUUCACUGUCCUCGCCGCCGGUGCUCUCAUUUACAGCCUCUUCCUGUACAUCUGGCGCGUGGACAAGAUCCGCAAGCGCCGCGAUGUGAAGCGCGUGUACUAUGAAAAGUGGGGACCCACAGUCGUUAGCGUGGGUCUCGUUGCCGUCGUGUUGGUCAACUUUGCUCUGCGUGUUCGUGCUGGUGGCUUCAUGGCUGGUGACCAGAAGCCCGGCCGUCAUGGCGAUGAGCUGUAG